GGAUGGAAUUCCCAAGCUUCAAUAGUGGAGUGUCCACUUGAUCAACUCAACUCAAUUCAAUCCAAUUCGUACUCGUUCGCUCUUAAUAUCUAUUCCGCAAGCUCUCCACAUCAACUGAAGCCAUGGGCAGAUCAUCAUUGUCAGGUCAUGCUUCGGCUCUGCCAGUAGUGAUAGAUCGAUCAAUCGAAGAACAUUCAUAUCCAGACCAAUUCCUCCUUCAGACUUUCAAACAGCCCAUUGUGAUACAAGCUUUCUACACGUCAAACCCCAAAUCCAUACCAUCACUCGAAGUCUUUAGCCUAUAGCAGAUAUGGCAGUUUUACCAGAGAAUUCAGGAUACAUUCAAAGUUCUGACCCUACAAAGCCUCGCUCCGAUGCAGCUGUUCCUUUCCGCGAUAUCAUACCUUCCCCAGACCAUCCUCGCAUUGCUGGGAUACAAGAUCAUACAGCAUCAAGUUGGUGCGAGUCAAGGAGGCAGAUUGAGGCUCCGGCUUGGCUGAUCAAUCGACUUGAUGCAAAGAAUUUGGAGAAACCAUACAAAGGAUUCACAUCAGACGGAAAGGUCAGAGAGGGGCUAUAUAACUAUGCGGAGGAUGAAGGUGCGCCGACAGAGGAUGUGAUUGCGAAAACGGAGGAGUUUCUAAAGGUCUUGAGUGAAGAUCAAAGGAAAGCGGUUCAAUUUGGAGAUGUUACAGAUGAUGAAUUUAGACUGUGGUCGAAUCCAGAAUUAUACAUGAAUCCAGGUGGACUACGACUCGAUGAGUGUUCCUCAGAAAUUCAAACCGCCAUUCACGCCAUUCUCAGAGCUUCAUCCUCUAAGCAAGGCUAUGAAAAAAUUCACGCUUGCUGCCUCACAAAUGAUUUCCUUGGACAUCUAGUGAACGGCAAGAAAGUGCUCAAUGAACAUUCCUACAACUUCCGCUUGUUUGGUACACCAUCCAUGACAAAACCAUUCGGAUACACAUUUUUUGGGCACCACUUGUGUUUUUGUGUGGUUUUUCUAGGAAAGAGAAUGGUAAUUGGUCCUACAUUUAUGGGAGCAGAACCUGAUAGAAUCGAUGAGGGACCACAUGCCGGCCUGAGAUUAUUUAGAUCAGAAGAGAUGGAUAGUUUAAGCUUGAUGCAAAGCUUACCUAAAGAAUUACAAGAGAAGGCAACUCUGAGUAAGGGAAUGGACGGAAAAAGUUUGCCAGCUGAUAGGUGGAAUCCUUUUGACGAAAGACAUCUGGGUGGUGCGAGACAAGAUAACAGGAUCGUCCCAUAUGAAGGAUGCCCAGUAUCCGAAUUUUCAGCAAACCAGCAAGAACAAAUCAUCAAGCUUUUCAAAUCAUUUAAUGAGUAUUAUCCCGACUCGGUUUUGGAGCACAGGGUUGCACUAUUUAAGAAACAUCUUGAUGAAACAUAUUUUGCUUGGAUCGGCGAGUUUGGAGACGAUGAUCCUUAUUACUACCGUAUCCAUAGCCCGGUAGCAUUUAUGGAAUUGGAUUUUCAUUGUGGGAUUUUCUUAACGAAUACAAGUCCAGCAAGAUGUCACAUUCAUACAUGCAACAGGCUGCCUAACCGAGGUGAUUAUGGGCGAGCACUUCUGGAGCAAUCGAAGUAGAUUGAGAUUAAUGAAGUGGUCGAAAAUAUAUCUAUUUAAGAGUUACCCAGCUUGUCAUUAUUGUUCUUGUGAUUAUUUUGAUUUAUUUGAUUAUACGUGUAUUACUGACGGUUCA